AUGGCAAGUUGGGAUAAGAAACUUCUUACAGCUGCAGAGAAUGGGAAUAUAAAACAGGUAGAAUUAUGUAUAAAGAACGGAGCUAACUUGGAAUGUAGAACUGAUGAUUAUUAUGAACAGACACCAUUAAUGUGGGCGGCUGAGGGAGGACACCUGGAGGUGGUGAAUUACCUGGUCACUCACGGCAGUCGGUUAGACGCUACAGACCUCGUGUUUGGAAUGACACCAUUAAUGUGGGCCGCUUCGUACGGACACCUGGAGGUGGUGACUUACCUGGUCACUCACGGCAGUCAGUUAGACGUCACAGACAACAUUGGAGAAACAGCUUUACAUCUUGCUGCUAAGUAUGGAAAUAUUGAUGUAACAAAAUGGAUAAUAGAUCAAGGAUGCAGUCCUUGGGUGAAAUCAAAACAGGGUAAUACUCCUUAUGAUCUGGUAGAAAUAAAAAGCUAUGAUAAUGAAGAGAGAAAAAGGAAGAAGGAAGAAGUGAUGGACUUCCUUAAGACUGCCAUGUCAAAGACAUCCCCAGAAGUAACUCUUGACACCCAUUUACAGGAACCUGCAGCACCAGUAGUUGAAGACAGCAAAAUACCAGAACAAAUAAAAAAGAUGGAUCAUGAGUCGAUUGCCAUUUAUCUGAACGCCCUUGAAUCGGGUUCAGAAAGAAGACGGGAUAUAAAUUUAAUAAUUGUUGGAAAGAAAUCUGUUGGAAAGACUUCCUUAGUACGACGAUUGUUCGGGGAGGAGUUACAAAGCGUAAAAAGCACAAAUGGUAUAGAAAUUCAUCGGCGGAGAUGUCGAAUCAAUCUAAGUAACUGGGAAUGGAAUAAAGUGUUAGAUACAAGAAUAGUGAAAGAAACAAGUAUCAACAAUAGAAUAUUGCAGUCAAUUGUCAAAGAGUUGCAUCAAGAUAAGGAAAAACCAAAGCAUGACAUAUCGGAGAUAUCUUCAUCAGAUCAGAUAUCAACAGAUGAUAAUAAGGCCACAAUCACAAAAAAUAUUGAACAUGACGAAGAACCUCAACCCAAAAUGAACUAUCAGUUUGCUUAUCCGGAGAUUACAGAAUCGCCGUUUUCUAAACUGGCAAAGGAUGAGCUGUUAAGUAUAAUCGGAUCUGCUGUAGACUUACAAGACGAAGACGGCUAUGCAAAUUUAACAGUGUGGGAUUUUGCUGGUGACAUUGAGUAUUACAACACACAUCAAACGUUCUUGAAUUCAGAAGCAAUUUUUCUUGUCGUAGCAAAUUUACAUGACAUAGAUGACACAGUAUCCUACGGCACAUUCAAUUUCUGGAUGGAUACAAUACAUUGUUAUGGAAGCAUAAACGACAAAACUGAAGCUGUAUUGCUCGAAGGAGCUCACAACCUUCUAGAUCCACCAGUUAUUGCAAUUGGUACACACAAGGACAAAUUUCAGGACGAAGAACAAUGCAGAAAACGUCUCGAAUCCUACACUGAUAAAAUAUUUAAAGAUUCCAAACUUCACCUGAGAUCAAUUCACCUGAUAUCCAACACAGAGGAUGAAGAAGAUGCUUUUGGAAAAUUGAGGAAUGAUAUAUUUUCCACAGCAAAGAGUAGCACAAAUUGGAAUCGAGAAUACCCUGUUAAAUUUAUUCAGAUGGAAAAAGCCAUCAACUCUGAACUUACGAUCGGAAAACAAAUAAUUUCUUUUGAAAGAUUAAAAGAACUAGGUGAGAAAAUACCACUUCCGAUAACUGAUGACAAGGAGCUUCAUCUCUUUCUCAGGUAUCAACAUGAAAUAGGUAACGUGAUAUUUUUUGAAGACAUUCCGUCAUACAUCAUACUUGAUCCCCAAUGGUUAGCAAAUGCCUUUACAUGCAUUGUUACAGCCCAGCAGUUUCAACUGGAAUUACCACACUUACAAUGGAACAACUUCAAACAAACAGGAAAGAUGGAUCCUAAGCUAUUGGAAGAAAUAUUCAAGAAACAAUCAGCAGACAUGAGAAUUCAUAAAGAACAUAUACUGGAAGUAAUCGAAAAGUUUGACAUUAUCAUCUAUCCAUUGCUACUGACGGAAAGUGGAAAUGUACAAAGGGAGCAUAGUUUUUUUUACGUUCCAUGCAUGCUUCAAACAUUAAAAAAUAAGGAUAUUGAUGUAUUGUUUAACGUUCCAAAUGCUAAAAAAUCUACAUGUUUGUGUUUUGUCUUUAGUUUUUUACCGCCGUAUCUAAUCAGCAAUCUGAUUGUCUCUUGUCUACGAGAAUAUCCUCUAGCAGUGGUGAAGGGCGAGAUAGGUCUCUUCAAGGAUUGUUGUGUAUUCAAUAUUGGCAGAACUGGCUGUGCAAAAUUUGUAUUAGCAAAGUGUAGUCAUAUGAUUCAGCUGCAAGUAUGGCAAUGGAAUGAAGUAGAUACAGAGAUUAACCAAGCUGUUUUAAAAAUUAUCGAAAGAGAAAUCAACAGAAUUGUCAACACACGAUACAAGUUGAAAACGGUAUCUUUCGAGAAAAAAUUGAAGUGUGAGACCACCAGUUUUUCCUUCGACACAGGAUUCCUUGAAUUUGAUCAAGUACAUGAUGGGGAAAAUUAUUAUUGCGAAGAACAUGCGACAACUCAUAAAUAUAGAGACUAUUGGUCUGGUGAGAAAUCAAAGGCUCCCGUUAGGUUAAGUAGUGAGGAACAGAAUUACGUCAGAAUGUCAAAGAUAGUUCUAGAGGUAUUAUCAGGCGUUUUAUACGAUCGCUUAUUCUUAGAUACAAAGACUGGAGAAAUACUUGAUCGUAAAAAGUUGGACAUAACAGAAAUGUGUAAGAAAUAUUGUGCUUUAAAAAUAAACUUUCCAAGUCAAGGCUUUAGGAAAAUAGAAAAGGUUGACGAGAUUUCUACCAUUGAAGAUAAUAUUGGUGACGACAUUCAACGGGUACGUGUGAUCAGAAAUGAAAUGCAGCAUUCUUCUGUCUUUGCAUUAGAUGACACACGAUACCAAACACUAAUCACUAUAGUUCAUGAUAUGCUAACUAGAUUUGAUCAGCGUAACAAUCCAGCAGGUGAAUCCUACGUAAAACGAUUAGACGAAAUCAGGAAAAUGGAAUUAGAGACAAGGAGUUUUGAAGUGAUAAAAGAACGAAUGAAAGCAGAAUUGAUGGACAAGAUUCAUGCAGUUUUCCGAUAGUGUGGUAUCUGAUGAUUUGAACGAUAUUUGUUAAUUCAUUUUUGUAUACACCAUUUGCAGUCAACGGGAUAAAUAUUGAAUAUGUGAAAAAUUUGCAUAUUAGAAAAAUGAAAUGAACUACUCAAACUAUAAUUUACUAAUUAAAUUGACUAAAAAGUCAAUGGUAAACAAUAAAUAUAAACAAGAAGAUGCGGUUUGAAAAGUCUCCAUUCGAGUUCCAAUGUAAUAAAAGUUAACAAUAGGUCAAAGUACGAAGGGUGGCGCACACCAAUCAGCAAACUAUAAAUUCUAGCGUAAAACCAUUCAUACAGCACGACCGAGGUCUUAUAACAGAGAAACACAUAUGAACCAAACCAACAAACCACAUCCAUCGAACAAUAAGUUACUGACUUAGGACAAGCGCAUACAAAUGCAGAAUGUGUUUGAUAUAUUAACAAGUAUUUCAAGAUAAGUUAAAACAUAGUUGUUAAUCAUGAAGCUAAAUCAUCAAUAUGAUUUAUCAUUAAAAGAAAGCUUCAUGUCGAAGUUGUGAAAUCAAGGUAACAUUUUUAGAACAGUUCAUUAAAGAAUUAGUUUUGUCAUUUUCAUAAGGUGAGCGUACUGAUAUAAUCCCAGUUAGACACCAUUUGAAGCAAUACUUUCAAUGUCCAACAUUCUUAACAUAUUGACCAAAUUACUUAAUAUUUACUUCAGUUUUACAUAAUUAAUCAAUCAAUCAAUAAAAAUUGUGUCAUUUCAAUAUACUUUGCGUUGAAAUGACACAAUUUUGAUUGAUUGAAUGAUUGAUUGUUAAUUGCUUAACGUACGGUGGCAAAUGUUUCAUGUUCAGGACGUAAACAAAAUAACAAUGAAUACAACCACAGCUCCUGUAAUAGAAGCCGUCUGGGAUUAAGGCCAGAGAAAUUUACCUGUAAGGGUGUGUAUGAUACUGGUAAAGAUGGUUUACAAACAAUAACAUAAUAAUUUAUUCAACUAAACAUAGAUUAAGGGAUUAAGGUCAAUGAAAUUUAGACAGCCACUGGAAAUUACCUGUAUAGGUGUGUAUGAUACUGGUAAGAUGAUUUAUGAACAAUAAAAUAACAAUGUAUUCCACUAUACUUUACUAUACUAGACGAAGACUUUGCAAAAAACAAGAUCAUUAUUCAUAUUUAUUUAUAUAAUUAUCAUAAGAUUGCAUUCUUUCUUAGCCGUGAUCGAUAAAGUUUAAAAUCGUUGACUCUCCAACUUUUUUUUUGCUUGUUAAAUGACUACGUGGAAAUUCCGCGAAAUUAUCAAGUCUGAAUCCGCCUUUUAGCUCACCUGGCCAAAUAAGCCAAAUUUACUAACCACAACCAUCAUUCGGCAAUCUUCUUUAAAAAAUAAAAGUGUCCGAUGACCCUGCUUGUCAACCAAGAUGGCCAAAAUGGCUAAACUAGUCUAAUGGGAAGUAAAAUACAAGUUUUGACUAUUACUUUGAAUACCGUUAUAAAAAGAGAAAAUCUGACAAGAACUGUUCAGAAUGUUAAGCUUUAUCAAUUGUCACAACUGUCAGACGACUUCCUUUAGGAGUUGUUGCACUUAAAACAAUGAUAAAUGUUUCUAUUUGUUUUGUCAUGAUUUCUUUUUAUAUUGAAAACAAUAAUAAUAGAUAGAGAGAAACUUUAAAUAGCAAAAAUGAUAUAGCACGACAUGUUCUACAAAUAAUUCUAAAAAGGUCAAAAUCGUCAGUCGACUCCUUAUUUAUGUUAUCUUAAAAGUCAUAAAAGAUAGACAAAUGAUAGAUAGAAAUUGAAAUAAACAAAAAAUUAUCUAAAGUCUAGCACUGGAGAUGCAAAGUCUAGUGCUAUAGAUAUACAUGCAUAAUGCAUCCGUUCUAUCAAUUUUACUAGCCGUUGGGUUAUCUUUUUUUUCAAGUAUUUGAAAGUGUUUGAGAUAAUAUCAAGUAUCAAAAACGUUCGUCGACGCAACUCCCAGCAUAUGUUGGGCCUGUUUAAAGUCAGGCUAUGUACACCAUGUGUUUGUUGGUGUUUUACCUAAAUAUUUAAAAAUGUGUGCAUGAUUUUGUAUUUUAACCUUUUUAAUCGAGUGUUACUGAUAAUUGUUGCGUAAACGAAACACACAACGGCGUGCACAAUGAUAAGCUUGGAAUCUUUUAUGAGUUGUUUUUCUGUGUUGCACGUCUGUUUUUUUAUUUAAGAAUUAAAUGCUUCUUUUUGUAAAUUUCGGAAGCGCUUCAUACUAAAAAUGUGCGCACGGUCUACGCUUUUACAACCCUAUAAAGUUACAAAAAGAAGCAUGCAAUACUUAUAAUUACAUUUUUUAGCUAUUAUCAUGAAAACACGAAUUUUAUAAAUUUUGUAUUUUAUUCACCUGUGCACUUUAUUGUGGGACCACGUGCUAUCAUGAAUGAACAAGUUUUAUUGAGUGAUAAAAUUGCUUACGGAAUAACACGUGAUGUGCAAUUAGCCAAUCAAAAUAAAGUAUUACAAUGAAACAUACAUCUAAUGUAAUUAUUAAAGAGAAAUCGAGGUUGUAAGUUCAAAUGGCAAUAUUUUUUGGCAGUUCUACAACAUGUAACUUUUCAUUUCAUCAGCAAUAUCAAUAUUUGUAUAGUUAUUCAUUUUCUUCAACUAAUUCGUUUAUUCAUUUAUCAGCUAUUUUUAUUGGUACUGUGUGAACAUAUGUUUUAUAUAUUCUAUAAUAUUGUCAGAAAAGGUGUUGCAACAGUUACAAUAAUCCCAUAAUAAUAAUUUCAUACAUAAUAUAUUUUUUCUUGUAUUCAAUCAUUCCAAACGUGUAAAUAAAAGUCCUUUGCAAAAUUUAGUGACUUUGUACAUAUCUUGAAAAAUUAAGAUUUACAAAUUUAACAUGUCAUGGUACCAUUGUGUUUUUUUUAUUUUGUUAUUUUAUCACUAUUUGUCUAAGUAGUGUCUCCUACUUGUUUAUA